AUGGAGUCGAUAAUUAAGGGUCAGAGUAAGGGUCAUAAGGGUCACAAGGUCCAGAAUCAGGGUGAUGAGAGUCAGAAUAAGGGUCACGUGGGUCAUAAUAAGAGUCACAAUGGUCAGACAUUGCCGAAAGGUCCACCACAUUUGGCAAUACGGGGACAGAUGGAGAGACGGCGGCCACCGUUUCUCAGAGGCACUGCGAAAACCACCGAGAAAAUUCAAAAAGAACGCGCGAGCAGGCUGGAGACGAGUGGUCCGACGCCCCUGGAGAGCCUGGGGAGCGACGAGGACUAUUCCCCAGACGCCCUGGCCCGCCAGAACCACGAGUUACGCAGUCGCCUCGAGGAGGAGUCCAACAACUACAAACGUCGUUUGAGCACCUACCGCCAGGCCCAGCAGCACCAGGCGGCCCUGGUGUCGCGCCUGCAAGCCAAAGUCCUCCAGUACAAGCAGCGCUGCUCGGAGCUCGAGAGCCAAAUGGUCGAGUCCCUCCCGAUGCUGGAGACCACUCGUGUCCCCACACUCACCUCCUCCAGCACAUCAGCCCUGGAGGCAGCCCACCAAACCCUCCGGGACAUCCGAGAGGAGCAGAUCCAGGACCUGGACACAGCCCUGCGAAAGCUGUCAGAGGAGCGCAGAAGAUCCGAAAAGCUGAUCGAGCUCAACGCAGCGCUGAAGCACCAGCUGGAGGAGUCAGUUCGAACGAACGAGGCCCUGACCAACGACCUCCAGAAGCUGGGGAACGACUGGGAGGUGCUCCGAGAAGAGAUGAACAUCAAAGAGGACGAGUGGAAAGAAGAGGAACUAGCCUUCAACGAGUACUACACCUCUGAGCACCAUCGCCUGCUGAACCUCUGGCGUGACGUGGUCGCCCUGAAGCGCAUCUUCUCGGACAUGAAGUCCUCCACCGAGCGAGACCUCACGAAAUUUCAGCACAAUCUGACAGCAGCGACUAACGACAUGACCUCUGCCUGCAGCGGAGUCAAGCUAGCCCUCCAGGUCCAAGCGUCUGCUGUCCAGCCGAGCCUCAGCCAGCAGUUCCAGCAGUGUCAGGAGUCCUCAGACCUCAAAUCCGAGGUGACGAGCCUCAGGAAUCAGCACGAGGCCGCCCUGAACGACGUCAGGAUGAAGGACGAGAGGAUAAACCAGCUGAUUCGAGAGAUUCACAAUCUCGAGGAGAGGUGUGGCGAGGCUGAGGCGAAUAUCGGUCAGGCCAGCAGAAUCCAGGAGGACAUGGAGAUCCUGGAGGCUGCACUCAGGGACAUUGCUCACGCCGUCAUCCAGGAUGCUGAGAGCAGGGAGUCUGAGAACACUCAGGGCCAGCACGUCCACCUGUCCCAGAGUGCGCCGAUACCCCAGAAGUCCCCCAAGAGGUCCAGGAGCAACACCAUCCCAGCUUUUGCUGAGAGCACGAUCAGCGCGGUGCAGGCCUCUCUGCACAAGUAUCAGCUGACGAUUCACGAGCUGCAGGUGAAGCUCCAGACCAGCCGAGAGCAACUGGCCCUGACGAAGAAGCAGUGCGACUCUGCUGAGGAGAACGUCCAGAUUCUCGAGGAACGGAGCACCGAGCUGAUUGUCCAGCUGGACAACUGCAGGGUCCAGUGUGCUCAGCUCGUUCAGGAACGAGACAUGCUGCAGAAGAGCCUCGAUCAGGCGCGAGGGGACAAGAAUGCCCUGGAGAAGGGCAAAAUCGAAAUGAGUCAUACGAUCGAGGAGCUGAAUAACGACUAUGAGAAGCUCCAGAAGAUUAACAGCAAACUCCAGAAGUGCUGUGACAGCCUGGAGGACGAUAAGCUGUACCUCCAGAGUGAACUGGACAGGAUGAACAAGGACAGUGAACUUCGAGAGAUGAGUUUCAGGGCUGAGGAGGAGCGCUGCAGCAGGAUGAGGGAGGAGCUGCUGACUGUCAGGGAGGAGCUCAACAGGACGUAUCUGUCUCGAGACAUGCUGGAGCAGCAGAAGUUGGAAGGGGAGAAUCUCCUCUCAGUUAUUGAGAAGAACAAGGGGGAUGUGGAGCUGGAGCUGGAGAAGAUCCUCCUGGAGAAGUCAGAUCUGCAGGACGAGCUGAUGAAGAUGGAAGCCAUCUGUGGGAAUCACGAGAAGGACAAACAGAGACUUGCUGACGACGUCAAACGGCUGGAGGAGGACAGGGCGAAAUUGAUGAACCAGUGCAGCGAUCAGUCUGGAGACUUGGGAUCCCUCAGGAAGGAGCUUCUGCAGGCCGAGCAGGCUCGCUUAGACCUGGAGUCCGACAAGGUGACCCUGAACGAGAAGAUCAAGUUCCUGGAGAUUGAGAAGGAAAAAGUGGAGAUUGAACUGGGCCAGGUGACGAGGGAAAGGGGGGACUUGUCGAACCAGUUAUCAGUCCUAGCACGAAAGAAGGAGUCGUUGAACGAGGAGCUGAUGAGGAUCAGGCAGAGGCUCGAGCAGGCGAACGAGAUGAACGCGAGAUUGAACAGAAAUCUGGAGGAACUGGUGAAGGAUAACGAGGAGAAGCAGGUGCUGCUGGAGACAAACGAGAAAGAAUUCCAGAGGAUGCAGGAGUUGCUGGCGUCGAUGAGAACUGAGAAGGAGACCCUGGAGGGAGUUCUCUUCGAUACCCAGACGAAUUUGGAGUCGACUCAUGCGAAGAAGGUGCAGCUGGAGAAGGACCAGCAGGAGCUGCUGGUGAAGCAGGAGAGCCUGAAGGGCCAAAUCACGAGGCUGACGAAGGACCUGGAGAACAGUGAGAAGAGGUCCCAGGAGAUCAAGCACAAUCUGACGCAGCAGAGGGGCAACCAGGAGGCGGAGUUCCAGGGGAUCAUCGCUAACCUGAAGAAGAACAGCGAGGACACUUACAAAAAGCUGAACGAGGAGAAGGAGCAAGUGCGAUUGUCACUGGAGAAGCGCCUGCAGCAGACGAUAACUUCCCUGGAGUCCCAAAAGGAGGAAGAGGUCAACCAACUGCAGAUCAGAAUCGAGGAGCUGCAGCAGCACAUCGACAAUCUGUGCCAGCAGCACGAGGAGGCGCUCCUCCGCGCCGAGAACGACAAGCAGCAGUCCCUCCUGAUCGCCCACCACGACCAGCAGGCCUUGAUGGAAAAGCUGGAAAAUCUCUACCGAGAGCUGGAGGAGGAGCGCAGCACGCUGGAGCGCCUGCGGAGGGAAGCCAACUCUCGCGCUGAACAGGACCGCAACAACAUAAAUCAACUUCGCGACGAGCUCAACCGAAUGCGAACGAAGCUGGAGGAGACGAAAUUGCAGGACGACGAGGAGAAGAUGCGACUGGAAUUGAAGAUCGAGGACAUCUGGAAGGAGCGAGAGACCGUGCAGAAGGAGUGCGAGGAGCUGCGCGUGCAGCUGCACGUCGCCGAGGACAAGGUGGAGAGCCUCCAGAGUCACCUCCAGGAGACAGUGCGCAAGCUGAAGGACGCCGACAACACGAUCGAAGCCCUUCGAAAGGAGCUCGUGGACGUGAGGCGACAGCUCACCGACUCCAACUACGCGAUCGAAAAAUACGCUAACACGAACAAGGACCUGAGAGACCACGUGAAGCGGAUUGAGGGGGAGAAGCGAGAGCAGGCGAGGAGUCUGGAGGAGUCCUACCAGAAGAUGGCGUCGAUGGAGGACGCGAAGACGAACCUCGAGGCGGAGAAGAACCGCGUGCAGUCCCAGCUGCGCGACAUGGAGCACGAGUUGAUUCAGCUCCAGCAGCAGCUCCGUUUCACCCAGGACGAGCUGCAGAAGAGCCACUCGGCGAACUCCCAGGCGCAGACGGAGGAGCGGGAGCUGCAGGCGAGACUGGCGAACGAGACUGAAGAGCGCGAGCGGCUGCAGCUGCAGCUGCACCAGCUGAAGAAGCAGGUUGUGGACCUGGACAACAGCCUGGAGAUGACGAGGACGGAGCUGGGGAGGCUGAGGUCGCGAGCCGACGAGGAGGACGAGAGAUGGAGGGGACGGGAGCAGGAGUUGCUGAUGAGGCUCGAGGACAGCCGCUGCAGGGAGCGAAAGCUGGAGGACCAGAAGCACAACCUGGAGGUCUGCUUGGCGGACGCCUCCCAGCAGCUGCAGGAGCUGAAAGCCCGCCUGGGGGGGUCUGAGGGGAGGGUCCGGGCGCUGGACGGUCACCUGAGCCAGCUGGAGGCUGCGAAGAAGGAGGUGGAGCAGAAGCUGAGCAGUGUGGGCUCAACACUGAGGAGAAUCGCUGGGAUCCAGCUGGACGGCACCGUCAACAUGCCCUUCAAACUGAUGAGCCCUUCGCGAAGAUGGAGCCCGGUGCGCUCCCACCAGGACCACGAGGGCAAGUGCGACGUGAUCCUGGACGUGGACCCCGAGGCGGUGAGGAAGGGGGUGCGAUCGCUGAUGCAGCAGGUGGCGCAGAUCGAGCGUGAGCGCGACGACUGCAGGAUCGAGCUGAGCAGCGUGAAGAAGCAGGUGGCGGAGGCCGCCGAUCACCAGAGCAAAAGCGACUCCAAGCUCAGCAGCUUAACUGCAUCAUUGCGAGCCCUUCAGGACGAGAAGGCAGCGCUGGAGGCUAAACUGUCGCAGAGGCAGGCGGCGUAUCAGGCGCAGCACGAGGCCCUGCACUGCAAGAGUCACGAGGUGGAGGGCCUGCGGGAGAAGGUGACGUCCCUCGAGCUCGCGGUGAGCAGCGAGUCCGACGAGAAGCUGCAGUACGAGGAGAAGCUGGAGAAGAUGAAGCAGGCGGUGAACAGGCUGGAGAACGAGAAGCGAGGGCUGCAGGAGGACUUGGGGCGGUCGGAGGCGAGAGCGACGAAGCUGGAGCUCCAGCGGAUGUCCCUGGAGGGCGACCUCCAGCGGCUGCAGAUGGUCCUCCAGGAGAAGGACGGAAAUCUCCAGAAGCUGCAGGACCGCCUCGACGUGCAGCUGCGGACGUCCACGGGGUUGGAGGAGCGCUGCGCCUCGCUGAAAUCCACGAUUGAACAGGUGAACCUGGCGCUGGAGAGGGCGGCUGCGGCGGAGGCGGAACUGAAGAGCGAGAUUGGAGUGCUGAGGCGCUCCAGCAUGGAGCACAAUGCGAUUAACCACGGGAAUAAUGAGAGGCUGAAGCAGCUGCAGAAGCAGCUGGCGACUGCUGAGAAUGAGCGGAGGGUCCUCUCGGAGCGACUGGACGGUGCGCAGCAGACGGUGAUGGAGCUGAAGCAUGGUAAUCAGUCCCUGAUGGAGCAGAACGCAAGAUUGCAGAGUGAUCUGGCGAAUAAUGAGGUCCAGCGCGCGGGGCUGGAGUCCCAGCUGCGGCUGGCGAGCUGGCCGCAGGAGGGGGGGUCGAAUAAGGACGAGGAAGUGGUGAGGCAGCUGCAGAUAGCCCAGAGGGACAGAAGCGAAAUGCGGGGGAAGGUCGAUGCACUGAACGACAAGGUUCGGCUUCUGGAGGCGGACAAGAGGAAUCUCGAGAGGCAGCUGCAGUCGGUGAAGGCGAGUGGUGGUCGCAGCAAGAGCUACGAGCGCCCGGAGAAGGCGCACAUGGAGCUGGCGGGCUCCAGCAUCAGCAUGGAGAUCCUCGAGCAGGAAAAUCGAGAGCUCAGGAUGAAGAUCAGGCGGCUGGAGGCGCAACUGGCGGAGAAGGAGGCUGAAGUCAUGAAGUGCAAGACUCUGCACUCGCACUCGCACUCGCACUCGGCGUUGGACUCCGGGAGGGACCGGAUGGCGGAGGUCGAGAGGCUGAGGGCUGCACAGCUGCAGGCGGAGAAGCUCCUGGAGGCCAGGGAGCAGAGCCAUCGACAGCAGGUCUCCAGGCUGGAGAGCCAGAUUCAACUGCUGAGGGAACAGCUGAAUCAGGAGAUCAAGCGGCGGCAGCUUUAUGUGCUGAGGAGCUCCAGGGCGGGGAGGGAGAUGCAGCACUUGAGGCAGGCCCUUGGGGAUUCUCUGAGGACUGUGGCGCAGGAUCCCUCGUUGGAUGCCAUUCUGCUUGAGCAUGAGGCCAGGAAGCUGGAUACCACUGUCACGAGCACCACUAGUCUACCUCCAUCUCUGGCACUGCCGCCACCUCCCUCUUCUUAUGAGCGCAGGUCUCCUCUUCCUUGA